AUGAGCGCUUUCAAGUUUCUAUGGCUCGCCGUUUUGGCUAUUGCGGCGCCUGUGGAGGAGCGAUCGAAGAAGCCGAAGAGCUUCCUUAAGGUGCUGGGGAAUUCGACGUGGGUUAUUGGUAAUGAUGUUUGGAAUGUUACGCAGAAUCGGCAGUAUGCGAAUAAGUUGAUGUACAAGGGGAAGGAUCGUGUUGGUCCGGCUGUGGGACACUACGUGAGCUACAAUGGCGCUGCUUCGGAUCUUAAUUGGACGUCUGCUGCAAUUGUCGCACAGGAUAGCAACUGGAUAAAUGUCAGAUUUACGGCUAAAGAGGGCGACUUUCACUGGGUCAUCCACGAUGGGCUUCCAGGCGCAUACCAAUACUUUGUGAACCACGCGCUUCCCACGCUGGGGGAAUUCCGCACGCUCUGGCGCCUCGACAACACGUCUUUCACCCAUGGCCACACCAAGGUCAAGGACGGUGUACUACCCCCGCUAUCCGAAUACGCAAACGCGACCAAUGUGCAGGACGAAACCUGGCAGAAAGCUGAUGGCACGUUCCUGACAAAGUACGACUGGAGUGAUUUUAUUAGAGAGCAGACGUACUAUGGUGUUUACGGAGAUGAGGUCGGGAGCUGGUAUCUGAGUCCGGGAAAAGACCACUUCAAUGGUGACCAUCUAAAGCAAGAACUGAUGAUCCACCGCGAAUCCGAAACUGGCGACACCGUCCAACUAAAUAUGAUUCAUGGAACCCACUACAUGGCCGUAGCAACCGAUUCCUUCGCCGACAACAAAGUCUGGGGUCCCUGGCUCUGGUACCUGAACUCUGGGUCCAAGGCCGACGCAGCCGCACGUUGGAAACAGGAACUAGACGCCUGGCCAUACAAGUGGUUCGACAAUAAGGCGUACCAGUCUCGUGGUAAGAUUCAGGGGCGGCUUCGACUCAGCGAUGGCAGACCGGCUGCCGGCGCCGCAGUCUUCCUAGGUGAUAACCGCAAUACCACUGUCUCUACACUAGACCAAGGCCAAGGAUACUACUACACCACGUACGCCGAUGCCGACGGGAAAUUCAGCAUACACGACAUUCGCACGGGAACAUACGCGCUAUACGCGUGGGGGAACGGCGGUGCGCUGGAAAACGUCAUUUCCAACUUCACCCACAACGACGUUGUGAUUCAGCAGGGCAAAAACACUAAUCUCAAAGAUCUCACGUGGAAGGUUCCCGACUGCUCCAAGCGCAUCUUCCAAAUCGGAGACUUUGACCGCAAGAGUGAUGGGUUUGGCCUCGCGGAUCCGAGCAAGCCGUUUGAACACGCGCGCAUCGCAAAGUGUCCGGCUAACCUGACCUACGCGGUUGGCAAGAGUGCCAGAAAAGACUGGUGCUUUGGCCAGUCGGUCGAGGGAACAUGGACAGUUGUUUUCGAAUCACGGACUGAGGCCCAGGCUAAGCUUACGCUUUCGCUCGCGGGUUUCUCGCAGGGGACCAGCGCCGAUGUGCUGCUGAAUGGGGUGCACGUGGGCAAUAUUACCAGUACAAGUUUGCUGAACAGUCAGGAUACGUACCGUGGGGCUACGAGGGCGGGGGAGUGGAGACUAUUAGAAUUUGGGGUUGAGAAGGGAAAGUUGAAGAAGGGGGUGAAUAAGUUGGAUGUCAAGGUUACGAAGAGUACACGAUGGAGGGGGUGGCUGUGGGAUAGUGUUGUGUUGGAUGUGGUGUAA